AUGCAGCUGUUCAAGUCUCUGGACGGCAAUUUGCUGUACAAACGGGACACAGACACUUCGGUGUUUAAUCUGUCGUUUGGCGACAAGUUUGGAGACGGCGACGCCGAGGCCCUUAACGAUGAGUCCGUUGCCAUGACAACCGAAGAAUUGUCGGCUAAUGAGAGUGCGGGAAGUGCUG